GAGAGCCAACUCCACUCUCCACUCACUUGCUGCCUUUCAGUUACACAUCUCAGCACAGCUGUUCUCCUUGUAGAGUGGUUAGGAGAGAAGGGCAGCAGUGGAGUUCCAAGUUCAGGUUCAGGUUCAGGUUCAGCCAUGGAGGUGGAGGCUUCCUACAGCUAUGGCUUCCUUCCUUCAGGGAGGCACCAGCCUUAUGCACCCCCUCCUCCCCACCCUGCAGAGGAAGGCGAAUUGUGGGAGUACUUUCCAUGCCCUUUCUGCUACAUCGAGGUUGAGGUGCCCUUCAUCUGCAACCACCUUCAGGAGGAGCAUUGCUUUGACACCAGAAAUGCUGUAUGCCCAUUGUGCGCUGACAAUAUAGGGAGAGACAUGGCUGCCCAUUUCAGAGUUCAACACUCUCAUCUUCUGAAGAGGAGGAAACCUUCUAGGCCCAUCAGCUCAUGGCCUACACCCUCUAACAAUCCAGACCCCUACUUUGAGGGGCCCCCACAGUACAUGAUGAACAGGACAUACCAAGAUCCUGCACCUGAUCCAUUACUCUCCCAAUUUAUCUGCAACAUGGCUCAAACUGACACCAAUUCGGAUAACACAAACACUCAAAUUGCAGUUUCAACGAUUUCAGAUGAUCAGAGGUUGAGUCAGCGUGUGACCCUAACUGAUGAUGCAUCCAAGCUGGAACUCAAGGAGAGGUUGAAAAGAAUCGAGUUUCUUCAGGAGAUAAUCGUGUCGACAAUUCUUUAAUUUGUUGUCUAGUGUUACUUAGCAAGUUUUAGGUAUGUUUUGUGUCUCGUGAGCGCAAGAUGUAUCACUGUCACGUAUAUGCAACACCCCCCUGGCUCACAGAUAUAUACUAGUAUUAUACUGUAAUAUUUCUAGAUUAAUGCUUGCAUACUUCGCCUCCAAGUUUGCUAUAUGAAUGAACUGUCAAGCAGGGGAAUAUGCCAUACCUCAUAUCAAUACCAGGAUACUUAUUAUACAUUA